UUUGCAUACUGGUGCCGAAAAGCACUGUGGGAUGUCAACAUGGCUGCCUCCAGUAGAAAUCUGUUGGCCUGGGGGGCCAAUAGUUUUGGGCAGUUGGCAUUGGGGCACACGCGAGACUGCCUUAUUCCAGAAGUGGUUGACCAUCCACCAGAAGGGAUCAAAUUGCUCGCUGGCGGAGCAGGGCAUACUGCUUUAUUGACAGAGAGCGGCAAGGUGUUCAUGUGUGGUAGCAAUUUUAAGGGCCAGCUGGGAUUGGGCCACACACAGAACAUGCACCGGCUGGUUGAGGUGCCCGAGCUCCCAUGCAUUGCCAAGGUCGCAUGUGGCUGGGACCACACGCUAGCAAUAACAGAUAAAGGACAUUUGUUCUCUUGGGGGUCUAACAUGUUUGGCCAGCUUGCCCAUACAGCUAGGAGGCCUGCCAGAAUUACGGCCUUUCCGUCAGGGCACGCAGUCAUUGACAUUGCGGCUGGCCUGAGGCACUCGCUGGCUGUCACCAAGGACGGCCGCGUCUGGUCCUGGGGGAGUGGGGUCAAGGGUCAGCUGGGUCGGUUUGACCAACAGGCCCAGGCAGGAGCCCAGGCAGGGGCGGAGUCACGUGCAGUGCCAGAAAAAUCAGAGCAACCACAACCAGUCAACUUUGAUGGGGACAAGGUCAAGAUAAUACAAGUUGCAGCUGGGGCCAACCACAGUGUGGCAUUAUCUGAUGAAGGGAUCAUCUACGUGUGGGGGGAGAACAAACGAGGGCAGCUGGGUGAGGAACCGUCAUCAGAGAGUGUUGCCAAGGCAGACACAAGUCCCCUCCCUAAGGCCCUGGACAGAGAGUUCUUUGGUGGGCGGUCAGUGCAGAGGAUACACUCAGGAUGGACCCACAUGAUUGCAGUUCUGGAUGACAGAACCAUAGUCGCGUGGGGACGGAAUGACUACGGCCAGCUGGGCUGCCCGGCGAAACCUGAUGAUGGGGAUGAUGAGGAGGAGGCUGAUGAGGGAACCAGUGAAGGCAACGGGGAGAGGAGUACCAACAGAUACAGCUGCACCCCGGUUGAGGUGCCUGUCCUCCAAGGCUGUAGGCAGAUUGUGUGCGGGGCUGAACACAACCUGGCUAUAACAGAGGACCAAGUUCUGCUGGCCUGGGGCUGGAAUGAGCACGGCAUGUGCGGGGACGCCCGGGUCAUUGAUGUCCACACACCCAAGAAGGUGGACACCCGUGUGGGUGGGAAACCAGUACUAAUUGGGUCUGGCGCCGGCCACUGCCUGGCGCUGUGUGAGUAGGGGGCCCCUGACCAGGUUGCUUGCUGGUUUUUAUGUUCGAGGGCUGUGCGGAGUUGAGGGACCAUGCCAACAUUCCCGAGUUUGGCCUGUGCGGUUCUGUGAGUAAUGCACGACGACAUCCGUUGUCUUCCCUACUUCUGCUUGUACUGCCAAAAAUGUUACACAAUUUUUAAAUGCAAAACACCUGUACCACAGAUUGUAUCUACUAAAACCCUGAACCUCCCAGACCCUGCAAAAUCCACUGGAAGUUGUAGACUUUCUAGGAUUUUUGUGGAAAGUAAAAUCAGUUGCAUUCCAUUGUAUCUGAUUUGAUGCUGUUGAAAGUGUAAGGAAUGUGUCCUGGGAUUCUGCACAAUGGAGGAUUUUGGAGGAUUUAAAAAGGUGCCCAACCGAAAUGCACAGGUAGUAAGGGUCAGUGGACAUAUACAAAUGGGAUACUCUGUUUGUUGGUUAUACUAAAUGCCGAAACACCUUGAGGACCCAUAUGGUGCAGAGAACAGUUUUUAAUAAGAGAACAAUGUGUCUUACUCCAGUUAAGUGAAGUCACUUGCAUGAAAGAGAGGUGUGUGCCCAGACUUUGCCAUGAGGUUCCAAACACACUCCACAAAAACCAAUUGUUGGUUGUAUGCAGUGAAUUCACCUUUAGCAGCCUGUUUCGGGGAGCCAUUUCGCCUGAGGUUAUGUGAAACUCCUUUUCUUUUUCAGACAUAUUUGUUCCGUUUCAUAUUAAUUCAUCAUGUUAUCUUUCGCUUUCCUGGUUGGUACAAGUAGCUGUGGUGGAAGGCAAUGAAAAU